UCACAGCUCCAGCGGUUAACUUCCUGUUUGAAAAUGGCGACGUGGGGCAGGUUCGGGGCGAGUCUGCGGAACUUUUUCCGGAGUUCCUGGACCCUGAGCAGUAAAGUCCCGCUGAAUCCGGCGGUAGGAGGCGCGGUGUUGGGCUGCCUGGUCGCCGGCGGUGUUUUCCGGUAUCGCCAAGAGCUGCGGUGGAAAUGUUUACACCCGACUGUGUACGCCAAGGAGACCGCGGAUGAUGACACCCCCGUCCCCGCAGUCUCGAUGCGGCGUUUGCGCUUCAACCAGUUUGCCUCUGUGAUUUAUGAGCACGAGCCAUAUAUGACACCCAGAGACUUCCUGUACUCCAUCAUGCUGGAGCAUCUGGAACAUAAACUGAAAAAAAGGCACCUGACCAAAGCGGAAGUAGAAAAGAUGCUGACGGUGGCUUCUAAAGCCAAGGCAGGAAACAAUCUGUUCCGAGGAAUUGGAGACAACGGGCUGAUCUCCUACACCGAGUACCUGUUCCUCCUCACCAUCCUCACCAAGCCACAUACGGGAUUCAACAUCGCUUUCAAAAUGCUCGACAUCGACGGCAACGAGCAGGUGGACAAAAAGGAGUUCGAGAAGCUGAAGAAAAUCAUCAGACAAAGGAAGGUCGCUAAAGAGGUGGCAGAGGCAGCCGCCUCGGAGGACAGCAACGAGCCCAGCACCACGCUGCAGGCCUUCUUCUUCGGCCGUAAGGGACAAAAUAAACUGCAGUACACAGAGUUUUGCAGGUUCAUGGAGGAUCUACAGGCGGAGGUGCAGGAGAUGGAGUUUCUCCAGUUCUCCAAAGGCAUGGACACCAUGAGGAGGGAGGACUUCGCUGAUUGGCUGCUGCACUACACCAACGAAGAAGACAACUCUGACUACUUGGAGAACCUGAGGAAGAGAAUACCGACGGGACAGAGCAUCAAUUUUGAGGAGUUUAAAGCCUUCUGUCUCUUCACCAACAACCUGGAGGACUUUUCCAUCUCAGUGAAGAUGAUUGCAGAUGCCAACAGACCAAUUGGAAUGGCUCAGUUUAAGAGAGCCGUGAAGAUCGCCACAGGACAGGACCUCUCGGAGAACGUUCUGGAUACAGUGUUUCAAAUCUUCGACCUAGACGGAGACAACUGUCUCAGCCAUGAAGAGUUCAUCGCCGUGAUGAAGGACCGAAUGCUGCGAGGUCUCAGGGUUCAGUCCCAGCAGGGCGUGUCCGGUUUCUGGAAGUGUGUGAAGAAAGAAACGCUGAAAGGAGCUCAGGAGGCUCUCAGUCACAGCAACAGCCCUUUCUGAGAGGAAAUAUGUCUGUUCCAGGGGUGGGGCUUGUGGCAUUAGGGGUGUGGCUAUUCAAAUUUGAUUAUGGUAAAGUAGACAAGCUGGCACCUGGAGCUGCAGCACGCUGGUCUAUUAGAUCCUCCAUGGCACGUGGCCACUUUCUCAGCUGACUCUGUCGGUGUUUUAUCCAUGUUAAAUUCCACAAUGUCCCAAUUUCAUGAUACAUGUAUUUUUGUGUUACAAGUUAUGCAAAGUCACAUCACCUUUACGUAUGAUAUUCUGAAGACCGUGUGAUACUGAUAUUGUUUUUGUUGAGUAUCACAGUAUGUCGUAGAACCAGUUCUCAGCACACGGCAAUCAUUUUUCUUCCAGGAUGCUUUAUUAUUUGGAAAGUUCUGACUGAAUAUCCAAACUGAUUGACAGGAAUUGUUUUGGUCUAAAAUGUUUACAGAGACUCACCAUUAGCUACUAAAGUGGCAUUAUAAUUUUUGGUUGUUCUGGGUCCUACAGGGCAAAGAAUUAAGGCACUUUUCACUUCAUUAUUAAUAAACAGAUUCAGGUUUGGGGCUUUAAAUAUUUGAAAUAUGAAACAUUUAUAUGAAAAAUGAAAUAUUUUUACAUGCUUGUACCCUAUAUUUUAUUUCUGUCCCUCUCUGUUAAAAUUGUGGUAGUCCAAUAUUUCUAAAAUUCUCUUCCGGUGCUUUCACGCCUAUCAGUCCGGUUCCUGAAUCUGAUUCAGAGUGAAAUUGAUACUCUUGGUUUGAUUUGAUUUGAUUUGAUUUGGUUCGUUUUCUCACUGCACAUACUUUAACGAACCAAAACGUGGAAAAAAAAAAACAACAACCAUUGGCUGAGGAAUGUGUAGGCGCAUGUAUAAAACCCCUUCCUUUAAUUGGUCCAGAAAAACAACAGAAAAAAGUAAACAAACGUUUACCAAGAUAUCAUAAAAAUCACCUGAACACCAAGACCAUAGAACCACACUCGAUAUAUUACUACUGUAGAUUGUUAUAGAACGUACUAGCUUCAAACAUUUUGUGUUCAAAGAUCCACAGUUUAUUUACACAUCGCCGUUUCUGCAGGCUCUGUUUUGCACCUCGCGGCUCAAUUGGAAGCUCACAUCUACAGAAAAACGUCGUCCACAACCCGAAACACACAACACGUUUUGCUUUACUUCCUGCGUUUGGGCUGAUUCAGGAUCAAAUCAUGUUCUCGCUGCAAUGGAACCACUCCAGAGUUUAAUUUGAACCACACAGAGAUGGUCUCUGGACGGUUGUUUUGGUCCGCACCUGAACGUGACCGCUGUGUUCUCACCUGCGUAAACGUACCGCACCAAAGAGGAAAAUGCACCAGGGUACAAUUUUAAACUGUCUAAACACUGCAUAUGUGAAAGCACCCUUAGUUGGAGAUGUAUUUUAUGCUCUCUGUCUGUUUUUGUUUUUUUAAUCACAGUAAUCUAAUUUAAUGCAAAUGUGAGCAAAAGCCUAUUUUCCCCUUUUUCCUUGUCUGGCGUUUAAAUAAAUGAAAAAACAUUCAAUUAAA